GACGUAUAAUAUCGCGUUCCCGCUCCGGGUAAAGCCAUCUCCACACUCGGGCGUUUCCAAUCGGCACAAUAACGACCCCAGCUUCUAUGAAAGUCUAAUCAAUAGCAAUCUAAGUAGAUGCUGUGUACCACUGUUCUAGUCUUUAUCUCAGUCACCGGCCACUUCCUCGGUAUAUGUAGAACGCGGAGAUUUACGAUUCAUCCUCUUUCUAUGCUUGCUUAGAUUCCGUAUCAGGUAUUGAGAAGGGCUGUCACCUGGAUGAAAUGUAAGGCUGCAGAUUUCCUGCUUCUCGUGGUUACUAUUUCCGCAUUACGACCCGAUGAUAUCCAUCUCCAAGGACUGCCAUGCGCAUCACCUGCUCUGUUAUCGAUUUCCCAUUGUACAAUUUGUUGUGCCUUGGCGCUAUUUGGAUAGGUGUUACAUCUGCACUACCAUCAGCGGAACUACCCGACCAUGGAUCGGCAGCGGCAGCGGGAAGCCUGAACUCAAUAAUAUUGGAGCCAAACUCUAACUCCGGUACAUCAACAAAUGCUGCGCCUCCGCCGGCUGUCCGAUCACGCCCUCUUAACUUGAUACCUUCGCGGCCUAUUCAGUCUACCCUCAGCAGUCUGUCCUCCACAUCAGGGCCCAUAGCUCUGACGGUACCUUCACCCGUUAUCGUCACAACAGCGCCUUUGCCAUCCUCAGUCGUAGCACUCAACCCGCCAUACGCAUUGCUAACAGAUGUGACAACCAUAUCAACCUCGUCUCAAGGAAAUGCUACAGGGACGCUACCAAUGAUAUCGACAGUUCAAGGCCUAAGACCAAUCCCACCAGCCGUGACGGAGGUUGGAGACCCGAAUGGCCAUCAUGAGAUCCCUGAGCCCAACUUCAGUUCUACACGGCCAUGCAGAGGAUGUUCGCCAGUAUAUGAGAUACCUGCAACAGGGUGGCUUGAUACCCCGGUCGGAGAACAACAUGGCUCUACUAUCCAAGAAGCGACUGCGCAAGCAACCACGGAAAGACCUCCGCAGGUAACGAUAUCGGCUGGUGCGUCCGACAUUGUCGUCGAUCAAGACCCAAGCGGUAGUGGUUUUGCAGUAGGGGGUUCUCUUACUCUGACGCCUGGCGACACCGUUACCAUUGGAGACACACCUGUGGCGAUCGAGACCUCAGAUGGCAAGACCAAGAUCGUCGUUGGUACUACCAUCAUCUCGUUGCUGCCUUUCCAGUCCGCAGCUACGGAUGUGCCCGUCUCGCAACCACCGAUACCACUUCCACCAAUACUCACUAUUGGUACCAAAACCAUCGCACCAAAUUCGCAGACACAGUACGUGAUCGCAGGUCAAACCCUUCUUCCUGGAGGCGAACCACUUACGAUAUCUGGCACAACACUUGCCCUCGCAUCUUCCGCAACAGCGCUCAUCGUCAACGGAAGAACGACCAGUAUCACCCCGAUCUUUGGCAACGUAUAUACCACAGUUGCAGCUGCUUUAACUUACGGAAAUCAUGUCUACACGCCAAAUCGCGCUGGCUACAUUGUGAUGGGUCCUGGUACAACUCUUAUUCCAGGCGGCGCCCCCGUCACUGUAAACGGCACGACGCUGAGCCUAGAUCAUAGCGGAACUGCUGUAGUCGUACAAGGAGCUACGAGAACCCUUCAACCCAUUACUACAAUCGCCACAUUGACGAGGGAGCCAGAUCCGUUGGGGACAGGGUGCGGUGUAAGUGGAGGGAGCUAUCACGGGCAGUCGAACGGCUAUUUGUACCCCACAGGAGGCCCGGUUAUCGCUGGUACGGUACGAGCCCAUAGUACGAUCGCAGGAAGCUGGCCGGCAGGCUUGCUGUUGCUGGUCUGGUGGGGUGUGGGGAUUCUCACAAUCCGACUAUGAACAGGGUCGCGUAUUCCUCCGCAAUGAAUUUAUAGAUGUUUGCGUAAUAGACCUGUCUUUGCAUCGGAUGGCGUCUGGUUUGCGAGUCUCUACUAAGAAUACGAAAAUUGCGCUGCAUCGUUGGUCGGCCAUUUGGUGACAGACGUAAGCUCGUAUCAUGCUGAUGUUUGCGACAACUCCACGUUGAUGUAGACGGCGCUGGGUCGCUGACGCUGCGUAAUGCGCGUAGUAUUGUAGCUGCUGCUGUCACAUCAUCACCCCCUAUCCACACCGACCACAUCGUCGUCACGCGGGCGCGCCCUCACCAAACAUCAAAUUUUCGUC